AUGGAGCUGCAAUUGAGUCAACCUCACUCCUCAGGCACAUUCCUGCUGCUGAUGCUGUCAAACUUGCUGCUGUGGGAGAAAGUUGCAUCAAUUCCUGCAUGUCUCGCAGAAGAGGGUGGCUGCUGGAACCCACUUGUGGAAACAUUUAACAGUGCAAUCCAGAAAGCUGAAAACCUACAUAAUUUUGCUGACCAAUUAUACGUAGAGCUUUACUACAACAAGUUCUCAUCUGGAAAAUUUUUGUCUCUUAAUUCUCAAAUGAUUAGGCAGGAUCCGACUGUUGUCAGAGCUGGAACUUACUGUCAUUCAAGUCUCACAAAACUCCCCAAUACAGGAACUGCACAAAUAAAUAUUGAAGUGACACCAUAUUUAAAAGCUUUGAUCAAUUUUGUGGGUUCUUGGAUCAGCCCUCUGUACCAUCUAGUGAUCGAACUGAGUGCCAUGCAAGAUGUUCCUGAUACUAUCCUCUCAAAAACGAAGGAGAUCGAAGAGAACAAUAGACAAAUCCUGGGUGACCUAAAGUGGAUAUUCUCCAAGGUUUCUCCUGCAGAAGAGAUGAAGGAAGAAUUUCCCAGCUGGGAACAUCUUUCAUUCUUAAAAUCAAGUGACAAAAAUAGCAAAUUUUUGGCAAUGUUUAACCUUUCCUACUGCAUAGAUUAUGAUUCAAAGUACAUUUUAUAUCAACUCAGAUUAUUUAAGUGCCUCAUAACUGGGAAAGAUUGCUAA